AUGUUUCAGCCUCAACCCACGCCCUACUCCGCCUCGUCCUUUGCUUCCUAUCCGUAUGGCUUAGGCGCCGCCCACAGCCUCGAUUUCUUGUUCCCCACGGGCGGAGCAGCAGGCAUAGCAGCUGGAGGAGCAGCUGGAGGAAUAGCUGGAGGAGCUGGAGUUGGAGCUUCAGCCGGAGUUGGAGCUGGAGCUGGCCCUGGAAGCGCUCUCGGGCCAGCAUCUUGCGGUGCUCUCUACAAUCCAUACAGCUCCCCGUCUCCGCAUUCACAGUUGCAGCACCACCAUCAUCAGCCUCUGCCCCAGCGGCGGCGACUCAAUCGAUCCGGCAGUCCAAUCAUCAAGAUGGAGGAGCAGGACUCGGGGCUGCACGACAUGGCCGCGCAGCAGGCGGCGGCCGAGCGAUUCCAGCCGGGCCUCGAGGGACCGUUUGUCGGCGAAAAGACCCCGAGCGAUGCCAUCACCCAAGAAUACGCAAAGGCCGACCCUGUCUACAUCGAAAAGACCAUCGCUCUACCACAGACAUACUCCCACUACCGCCAGAUCAAGGGCGAUGGAAACUGCGGGUGGCGCGCAAUUGCAUUUGCAUACUACGAAAAGCUCAUCGAUCUCGGAGACCAAGGCCAGAUCGAGGGCGAGGUGGCUCGUCUCAUGAGCCUCGGCCACAUGAUCUCCAACAUCGGCCGCUACGAAUAUCACGAAGAUUUCGCCGAAGAGGCGCACAACCUGCUGCGGGACAUUGCUGCCAACAUAGCAAACCCGGGCCUGGCUCGAGUGAUUUUGCUUCAGCGCUUCAACGACGCCACCAUCGAGGCCAACAUCAUCUACUACUUCCGCAUACUAUCCGCCACCUCCCUCAAGGCGAAUGCAGCCACCUACGACGACUUUGCUGCUGACUUCGGCGGCAUUGCAAACUACUGCUCGCAGGCCAUCGACAUCGUUAACCGCGAGAUUGAGCACCUCGGCAUCAUUGGCCUGGCCAACCUGUUGCUCAAGCCAAUCGACUUUGUCCUGGAAAUCGCAUACCUAGACCGCAGCCCCGGAAACCAAGUCAACCGCUACCGAUUCCCAGAAGAGGCCAACCAGCAAGACACGGUCACUCUCGGGCCCACGCUCUAUCUGCUAUACCGUCCUGACCACUACGACAUUCUCUACCGAGCACCACCCGUCCAGGCUCCCGCUCCGCCAGCCAUACCUGUCUCCGUUCCUGCGCCUUCUGGCCCUGCCGAUUUACAGAUCCACCGGGUGGACGGCUUCACGAACAACCUCACAAUCAGCUCAACACCUUUCACGGGUAACAUGGGUCUUCUUGCCACGCUGCCUACCUUCGGCAUGAACUCGUUGGACUCGCUGGGUCAAUUGGGCGUGAGCAUGGGCGGAUUGGGUCAGUUGAACGUGAGCGGCAUGCCUCCUUUGACGUCACCGCCGGCGGCGGCCAGCCCUGUUGGCGAAGCCUUUGUGCCGCCGCAGCAGCAGUCCGUCCCCUGGGAGCCACAGUAUCCCGAGGUGUCACAGCAGCAGCCACCACCACCGUCCACGCUCCCUCCCUCUUCUGCGGCGGCGCCUGUAACUUCCCCGUCGGGAUACCACAUACGUUUCAGCCCCGUCCAGCUGGAGUAUGAAGAGAGCAACCGCAGUGGUAUCCGGGAGCCUGUCUUUCAAACGACUCAGAGCACCACGUUCAAGAACAGCGUAUGGAACAGAGCACACUACGGAAAUCCCGAUUUUCACCCCGAAGAGUACGUUCCGGAUGAGGAGCAGUGGGAGAGGCGUGGUGGUCGCGCAAAGGCGAGGAGCAGCUCGUGA